AACCCCGACCAACCACCUUACGCAAAGUCACAAAAGUUAUUUUCCAUAAAUUUGUUUUUGCCACUAGAUUCUCAUCUCAGCCUCAGCUUUGAAAAUUCAUAAAAGUUAGCUACCAAUUAUUUCUGCUCCUCAGUUCUUAACCACAACUGUAUUCGUGUCGUUCGAAAGUUUAUUCUAAAAACGCGCCUUGUACCGUGAAAUGUUUCGUCUUCCAGUGACUCAAAGCCAAAAUAAUUAAUUAAGCAAUAUGAGAGAGCAUUUAGUAAAUUUGUCAGUUUUAGCCUUUGUAGUGUGUGCAUUUGUUCCGCUUAGUCACUCGGGAGUCCCACAAAGUCGCUAUGAGGCGAUGAUGAAGCGUGAAACUCCCUCCAAUCUCGGUCUCUACAAUGCCACUGACAAAGUCAACAUUCUAACGGACUCGAACUUCAAAAGUUCCGUCAUAGACAAGGAUCAUGCUUCGCUUGUCGAGUUCUAUAACUCUUAUUGUGGGCAUUGCAAGCGCUUCGCGCCCACCUACAAAGAACUGGCCGAAGAGUGCUGGCCAUGGCGGGAUAUAGUCAAAAUACAGGCCAUUGACUGUGCCGCUGAGGAGAAUAAUGACAUCUGUCGGGAAUACGAAGUUAUGUCCUAUCCAACGAUGAGAUACUUCGGCCCCAAAUACCAGCCGAGUGAAAACAAUUACGGAACUCCGAUUGAGACACAAAACCGUGAGGAAAUCAAGGAUGAGAUUUCCAAGUUGGUCAUGAACGAGACCGCUCCCACUGACAACUGGCCGAAUUUCUCAAACCUUACCGAAGAUGAGGCACCCCAAGUAUUCCAAGAACUUCCGCAUCAGGUCGUUUACGUUAUUCUCAUCUUGGUCCCUAACGAAAUGCCCUCCAGUCUGGGUGCCCAAACAAUCAUGAACUUCAAUCGUUAUCCCCAGAUGCAGAUUCGCCAGAUAAGUGACGAGAAGCUAGCCGAACAGUUCCAUAUGAAUCAGACCAGUCGGCUGUGUGCAAUGGAUCGCAAUAUGAAUAUGGAGCCGCUGCAGUAUCAAAACAACACCCCCAAGGCUUACAAGGAGGCAGUGGAGCAAUUUGCAAAAAUGAAGAAAUUAACUCAAAAACCCGAUGCUCCAACUCCCAGCCCGGACAAACAGAACACACUGAUCGACGAAGAGCAAAAGGAAGCGCAAGAGCAGGACAAGAAAAUCAUCGACGAGGUCAAGCGUAACAAACACAUGACCUACCAGGCCGAUCUCGAGCAAGCCAUUCGUCACAUUUUGACUAGCGAAAUACCCAGAGUCAAUCAAAUCUCUGGCGAACGUCUUUUGGCUCUGCAAAGACUCAUCAAUGUCCUCCAACGAUACAACCCACUCGGGCAGUCUGGACAGACCUGUGUCAAUCGCUUGCAGGAGUAUGUAUCUGUAAAUAACCAGGAAAUCGACGGAAAGGACUUCAAAGACAAAGUGCAUCAGUUGGAAAAUGAGUUGCCACCAAUUUACUCCUCCAGUCGUUACGUUGGUUGCACAGGGUCGAAGCCAGAUCUGCGAGGAUUCACCUGCAGUUUGUGGAAACUCUUCCAUUUCUUGACGGCUCAAGCGGCCGCCGAAGAUAAAUCAUCUGACCCGCUGGAGGUACUUUCGGCAAUUCACGGUUAUGUGAAGUAUUUCUUUGGAUGCACAGACUGUUCGCAACACUUUCAGGAUAUGGCCAAGCGACGAAAAAUAUGGAAUAACCCCUCCAAAGACGAUGCAAUUCUUUGGCUAUGGGAUGCCCACAACGAAGUCAAUGCUCGCCUAGCUGGCGAUGAAACCGAAGACCCCCAAUUUCCAAAACUUCAAUUUCCCACAAAAGAGAGUUGUCAACAGUGCCAAAAGAACUCAACUUCCAAUCCCCAACAAGUGGUUUGGGAUCGCGAAGCAGUUUUAAAUUUCCUCAAAAAUAUCAACAAUCCAUCUUAUAUCAGUCGAUUCGGUCUGGACGAUCCCGAAAUUCUGCAAGAAAAUCUUGAAAAGAUUCGACAGAAACGCAUGAUUGGCAAUGUCUUCUCGGACAUGGAUAUGCGAAUGGGAAUGCUGUUGUAUGGUUUUUGUAUUGUCAUGAUGAUUGCUGCAUUUAAAUUGUUUGCUUUCAAAGGCUAUCGGAAAAAGGCAUAUGCUCAUGACUUUCUAGGAAAGGUCUAACAAUAAAUUGUAAUUAUUAUUAACAUUUCCACAUAGUUUUAAGUCAAAGUGUAGUUGAAAUUAAAAAAGACAGUCUAUCUCUAGACCUUAUUUAAAUUGAAAAACAAAUUAAAGCUCAGUAGAAAUGAUUAUCUGUAAAAAUUGAUUUAUUUUCUUUUUUCAAUUCGAGGACAAAUAAAUGUUUGUUUUUGUAAUUCGUUCUUUAAUAUAUCUAAUGUAUACAUGUGUAUGAUUUGUAAUUAACUAAUUGUGUUUUAUAUAUAUAUAUAUUUAAAUGUUUUACAACAAAAAACCGAAAUGAUAUUCCAUAAUUUGUAAUUUAAAAAUUAAAAAAAUAAAAACUGUAUUAAAGGGAAUAGCAUGCAUCUAUGAAAAUACGACAGCUCUCUUAAGGCUCAUAAGAAUCGACAUGUUUUACUCAAUAAAAAAUGGUUUAUUUACAAACCGGUGAUGAGAA